UCAAGAAAAUCAAAUUACACUUCAGUCGGUUUUGUUUCUAUUUAAAUCUUUGAAAUGGAGCAACCGAUUAAUAAAAUGCGUUACUACCUCAAGGAUGAGGUGGUCUCGCACAACAAGAAGGACGACUGCUGGGUGAUUAUACACACGAAUAUCUUUGAUCUCACACCUAUGCUGAGGGAUCGCUAUGACCACUGGAAUCGCACUCUUGACUAUUUGGUAGCCCAUGCUGGCAAGGAUCUAACACAUUUCUUUCAUGAAAAUGGAGAGCCGCGCACGGAGAUCUCUCCCAGCACGGGGCGACCUCGGGUCCUCUUUCCGCCCAUUUUGGAGGUGGCCAUCUCGGAGUUCUCUAAAACACCGGGUGCUAUGUGGAGUCAGGAUCCCUUCUACCACAUUGGCAGGGUCACAAAGCGUCCUCGUCUUAUCCGGAUUAUUAAUGCCCUAACUGCCCGGACUCAGUACAUGACCGUUUGCAAUGAGGACAGCAUCUACGACAUCCAGCAGAAGUACAAACAGCGAUAUAACCACCACGCCGGCAGCUAUGAGUGGAGAAAGUUCUCGAAUGGCGUAGGGAAAAGCCUGCAGCGUCCUAGAUCUGAAUGGCACCCUGGACGAGAAUGGCCUGACGGAUGAUGAGGACAGCACUGUGGAGCUGCCACCGCCCUCCAUUUGGCUCUACUACACGGAUGACAUAACCAUUGCUUGAUUCUGUUUAUGAUUAAUUGCUAUUGGAAAUUUGUUGUGCUCAAGUAAAGCUCAUUUCAAGCUA